UUGUUAUGUAGCUGUUAUACACGUGAGCUGUGGUGGUCAUUUCUUCUUGUUGGUUUGGGGUAAUUUUGUAGCUCAUACGAAAGAGACCGAAGUUAAACAGAAAUACAACUGCAAUCUAUCUUAAAGUGGGAACAUUUGAAGUUGUAGAAACAGUGGAAGGAUUGACGAUGCAGACCUUCACAGCGAUGAGAUCGUUUGUUGCCCAGUAUCCUAAAACCAUUGCUUUGGUCACAGUCACAGGAGCGGGACUGUUUGGUGUGCAGAAAUGGAUGGCAGGUGGAGUGUGUCGUAGCAAAGCCUCGCUGGAGGGAAAGACCGUCUUGAUCACCGGAGGCAACACUGGGAUUGGCAAAGAAACGGCUGUUGACCUGGCUAAAAGGGGAGCGAGAGUCAUUCUGGCCUGUAGAGACAUGGACCGAGGCAAUAAAGCUGCAGAAGAGGUGAAGAAGAGGAGCGGAAAUGACAAUGUUAUUGUCAAAAAGUUGGACUUGGCAUCUCUACAGUCAGUGCGACAGCUAGCCAAAGACGUCCUAGCAAGUGAAGGGAGGCUGGAUGUUCUCAUCAAUAAUGCAGGUGUUAUGAGCUGCCCAAAAUGGCAAACUGAAGAUGGCUUUGAAAUGCAGUUUGGUGUGAACCACCUGGGCCACUUCCUUUUAACAAACUGUCUGUUGGAUCUCCUGAAGAAGUCGGCUUCCAGCCGCAUCAUCACAGUCUCCAGUUUAGCUCAUCAGAGAGGUUCAGUUUUUGUCUGUUUCUAUUUUACUUCAAGAGAUGUAGAUUGGUAUUCUCUAUCAGGAAUGCCAUCAUUUUCAGUGUCAUUUGAUAUUAAAUACCACAUCUGUGAAUGCUGCUUUCACUCAACAGGUCAAAUCUAUUUUGAUGACAUACAUCAGGAGAAAGAUUACCACCCUUGGAAGAGCUAUGCACAAAGUAAACUAGCUAAUGUCCUCUUUACAAGAAAGCUGGCUAAGAAGCUGCAAGGUACCGGGGUAACUACAUACAGCCUCCACCCUGGUAUAAUCCGCACGGAGCUCGGCCGACACUUCUGGCCCACAAUGCCCCUUUGGAAGAGAGUUGUGUACACACCGCUCAUGUUCCUCAUCAAGUCUCCAACAGAAGGGGCUCAGACCACCAUCUACUGCGCUGUGGAGGAAAGCCUGCAGAAUGAAAGUGGACUCUACUACAGCGACUGCGCCCCUAAAACAGCAGCCCCUCAGGGUCUGGAUGAUGAAGCUGCCAAGAAGCUGUGGGAUCUGAGUGCCUCUAUGGUUGGUCUGAUAUAAUCACAGUGACAUCGAUGAUGAUCGUCAUCAUCUUCAUAGUAUCAACGGACUGCCUGAGGAAGAACUGGUGCUCUUUCUAAUGAGCAUCUGUGUGGCUGCUAAGCAGCUGAGCGCCUACUUAAUGUAACAAAUGAGUAAACAGACAGAAUGUCACAAGUGAUAGACAUUUAUUCAGAAUAUACAACAAACUAAUUGCAAAAAUACUAUGGAUUUGAUUAUGUUUUCUUUUUUCUUAAACAGUAGCAAUGCUGCACAGGUAAGUUACAUGGAAGCAGUAAGAUCUUUUGAUUGCCAUUAGCGUGAAAUGACAUUUUAAAUUGACAAGUUUCACCACUGCCUGUGUUGACGAAGGGCUCGAAUAUCAUUUUUGUUACUUGAUUUCAUCAUAUAAGAAUUACAUGUGCUUUGAAGGUUUUUUGAAACACUGUUGAGCGCAACAUUUUCAUUUUUUUUUUCCUCUUGGGCAAUAAAGUGCUGUUAUACAUAGCCCAUCAUUUUACCUGUUUGUUAAGGCAUGUUUUUCAUUCAUUCACAUCACGUAUAUUCAUUUUCUUUCAUGUGACACCAACAAUAUUGAAAUAAAACACAUUUUGGUUACAUCAUCAUGAAUUAAAAAUGCUCCGAAUACA